CAUCCAAGAGCAGACACUUUCCGCGAGCCCAAGACAACGACUCCGCUUCCUUUCUUCCUCCUCACUCUCAGUUCACUCCUUCUUGUCUCAGAUUCCGAGUGCGCCUCAAGAUAUCUUGCGACGGGUUUAGCGCAGCGCAAUUUAUCUUGGGGCCGCAGGACAGCUAAAAACUAGGCUUUUCUUCUAUUACUCAUACAUUUACCAUGGCUCCUCUAAAUGGCACCACACUGGCUGAUUUACAGCGACGCCCGGUUGUGGCGAUACCACUGCAGUUUCCGAGGGCUCAGCGGAAGAGUCGUCCGGAGAAUCAGCCGAUUAGACAUGAGAAUCCCAUGCCUCCGAAGAUUGAAAAGUCAGAAACUGCAAGUGAAGAUGGGACGAACACGAGCAAAGCCAAUUUCGAACGGUCAAUGACCCCUGAGUCGCUCCCUUCAUCAGGUCACAAGGCAAAUGGAAGCGCGGCCACGGCACAGGAGGAGGGAAUGGUGCUGCGUGAGAAGACAAAUCUGCUAAUCGAGCAACCAAGUGGCAAAAAUGGCCAUCCUGUAUCGAUGCCGCCUUUGAACUCGUACAUUACUUCGCAGACCAACGUCCCAGUGGAGAGUGAGAACACAAACGGUGCAGCUGCUUCGAACGUAAAAGAUCGUGAAUGGGCGCAUAACGACAAGGAGACAAUGGCAUCAAAGCCGCACACUAGGUCCCUACGAAUUCUCCACGAACUGCCGCCAGAAUUUCACCCUUCAUCUGAGCCCUCGUCAACGCCUAUUUCUGGCGAUCUGUCUACAAUUCGACUACCGUUCUUUCAGCCACACACACAAGCCAACGGUUUUCACGGGCCUCUGUAUCCUCCCCCAAUGGCUGCGCGACCGACGUCUUUAAACCCAGAAGCCAACUUUCAGCCGAUCGACAGAAACAUUGACGUGUCACGAACACCGUCUCGCAAUUCAUCAGUGGAACGGACAAUGAACGGCGACAUUCAGUCAUCCAUGAUGCCACAGACUCCAGCGACAUUCCAUGAUCAGAAAGUUCCUUCAGCUCUUGCCCUGCAAGACCAUCUACUCUCUCACUUCGACAAGCCUGCGCUUUCCGACGUGAGGCUUGAUAUUUCGAGAUUUUCGGCUGGUACUCGGCACAUAUCCGCACAUACGCUCAUCUUGUGUAGGUCUUCAACUUUGCGGCAGUACAUCGAUAAACUUGUGGAACCAGAUCGUACCAUACGCAUUGAACCCCCCAAUAGGUUCUUGACAGAAUUUGGUUUUGUACAGGCGCUUAAAUACCUUUACGGUGCCCCCGUGCUUACCCCAGAUGAAUUCAUCCAUGAGAUGAAUCAGGCACCAAUGGACAUUGACCCGAAUUCACCAGCUGCCCGUACAAUGUCGCGCAUUCUCGAUUACGUCGCCGGUGGGUAUUUUCUAGAUAUACCUGAGGUUGUUGGUGCUGGUCUUGGUUGUGCUAGGCUGCUUCAACGGUGGGAUACCGUUCCCACCUGUCUAUCCUUCGCGCUUGAUGGUGGUCUAAAUCACUGGUGGCGCGCCUUUGCUGAGCAUGUGGAGACUGUAGAUGGUCCGACCAUCUCUCAGCAAGAACCCACGCUCGGAGAUGCGGCCGGACAAUUGCUCGACAGCUCUCUGCAGUGGGUUGUGAUGGCUCUUCCAAUUAACUUCCACUUUGACCCCGCAGCGGCGCAGUUACGUGAACUCCCGAGACUACCUGCGGUCGUUGAAACCCGUCCAUCGCAGGCCGAUCCUCGUCUCAGCUUAAUACAAUUCGGACAAAUGUCGGUGACAGACACAGGCCGGCCUGACUUUCUCACAUCUUUCAUCUCCAGUAUCUUGCUGUCCCUGCCAUAUGCUGCUCUCAAAUUUGUGCUGGAGCACCCAAUCUUUUAUCAACGAUUUGGUAAUCAGAGUGUCCACAUUGCUGAAGCUAUCGUUGAAGAGCGUGAGAAUCGCCGCAAGAAGGUUCUCCACGCGAAACGAAUCAAAGAUGGGAAGAAACAGUGGGAUGCUACCAAGUGGCAGGAACAAGUAAGAAGGGUUCAAAUAUUCCCAGGCUAUCAGCUAGCCCGCGCACGAGUCGUCAACCCCAAAACCACUUCGACGGAAUGAAUAUCUUUCCUUUUAUGCCGGAAUAGCAUUAUGUUCAUGACGAUAUUCAUAGCGCAGGCGAUGCCGCUCUGUGCUGUAAAAUAUAGUGCAAUCAGGCCAUGACUAAAGUACAGGUAGUCCGGUGUGCCUGUACGCCAUUCGCGCGGAUGUGGAACGGUUGUUCUGAUACUCGGCCGCGAUUCCCCGGCUUCAGAUGAGGGGUAGUAAGAUCGGGCAACUUCGGCUAAGAAGUUGGGUAACACCACAAAAGCAAAUCAAGAGCCCUACUAAUGUAGCAAUUUUGCAUACGGUACGAUCGGAGGCAUGUAUGGAGUUAUUGCGUAGGCGAUUCUACGACUAAGUUAGCAUUUGUGGUUCGCAAGCAUACCAGUCCUUACUUCGGACGACGGUUUCUCGGGCACACCAAAAAGGGAUAUGGGACUGGCGAAAUGAACAGGAAUAUGCAUGAGUGAUGGGUAGAGUUGAACAAAAAUAACGAUUUCAUUCACCAUACUCAACAUGAACGCAGU